GAUGUUUGGCGCGUCGCGCAGCUGUGUGUGGGGAGAAAAUGUAUGUUAGCGUUUCUUGAAAUUGCUGUUGAAGUGUGUAUUAUCGAUAUUUUAAGUAACAGAUAAUUUUAGUGCUUCGACUUACUUCGGAAUAUUUGCAAGAAUAAUUAAAUACAUAGUAUGUGACUGUUAGCUGACUCUCACGGAAAUACAGCCAACCAAGGAAAAAAAUAGGGAACGUUUUAUGAAUGAAAAAUUAAGUGCGUUUUUACCCAUAUAGUGAAGCGAUUGAUAACGGUAGUCUUACUUCUUAUAUUUUCGUGUUUACUGUUUACAAAUAUUUAAAUUUCUCGUUUUGCCCGGGUUCUUCCUAGCCCUUGUGUGCUCUUGUAGACAUGGCCACUCUGGUGGUCGAAGGAGGAAUUAACGGUUGUGUGUGAGACCAAGAAUUAAUUUUCGGUGUGAAAAGUGUGACUUACUUGUAUGUGUAGUGAAACGUUAAUAGGAGAAGUGUUUCGUCCUGUCUUGUAACGGAAUAGUGAUUUUUUUUGUAAACAUACGACUAAAAAAAGAAGUGUUACGCAGUGUAAAGGAAAAACGAUGGAUGGCGCUGGGGUACCUCCAAGUCCAAAAUGGGAGUCAUUGACAUAAUGGCUGUGCAGUUUACUUACAAAUGUAAAGGAAUCUUCCAAUGCAAGGAAUUCAAUAUUGUGCGUACAUCACAUCGAAUUAUCAAUAUUUUUACUUUAAGGUUGUGAAACGGCGCUGGAAUUCAAAGACGUCUCCGGGUUAAACGCACGUCUCGAUAAAAAAGACAUUGUUCGGAGCCUUCCUGAUUGUUCUUCGUGGAUGAGACCAGCAAAGCAUGUGCGAAUCAUAUGAGUCAUUCACAUUCAGUGGAGAUAUUUUGUGUUGUGCACAGUGAAAGUGUUUAUCAGCCAGUAACGUUGUUGUGCAGUCUGAGAGGACGUGGAUUAAGAAUCUGCAGUUGCGUGUGCAAAAAGAAAUCAACAAACUCCGGAAACAAUAUUGACGGAGUGUCUUUAAUGUUGUUGGAGUAAAUAAUAUAGUGUAGCGUAGUAUAGAAACAAAUUAUCAAUAACAAAGAUUAGGCAGAUCGCUGGUGUGUGAAACCAAAAGCAAAUGUGGAUAAAGGCUUUACUAUUCGUUAUAUCGGAUAUGUGUAGGUGAUACUGGGGAUGUGUGAAGGGCGUUACUCACAGUUCGACUUUAGAACAACAGUGCAACAAAGUCAUUCUCGUGUAUAAUACAAACAGCAGCGUUGUUGGAGUGAAAAGUGGAUAUAUCUGAGAACACCAACUUCAUGCACACAGCGCCCCGACAUCUGCAUAUGGUCUCUGGGGAAGAUCAGAUGGAGGUGGGCCAUGCAGUCUGUUCUGCUUAAGUGGCCCGAUGCUGUCAUCCUCAGAAGGAAAGAAAGAUAGAAUUUUCUCUACAUUCCAGACAGAGCAAUGAUGACUGCAAUCAUGAAUACCAAAAAGCAGUACUCUAUCUUUCAGUCAAGAGUUAUUUAGAACUGGAGCAAGUAUAAUGCCUCAACAUGUGGGUGAAGUAGUACGUUCUUGUUCAAGAUGAAUGGUGACAUACCAAGUGUCCCGAUAACCACACUGGCAGGCAUCGCAAGUCUCACUGACUUGUUGCCAGAGAUGCCUCUACCAUCACCCCUUCCACAGACUUUGAGCAACAAAUCAUUGCUGUUCCAUCCACGUGUGGCAGAGGAAGCGCAAAUACUCCUGAGUGUUAGAGACGAGGCUUUAGUACCACAACUGAUCCAGUCAUUGUCUCAGACUUCAUCAGAUCACAUAGAGCUGAAAGACCAUUAUGCAUGUUCAGAAACUCCACUUGACCAGCAACAAAAUAUUCCAGAGCUGCUGAGAGCAAUUCUUCAGAGGAAUCCGAAUGUUUUCAAGGGACCACGUGCUAACUCCCCAAGACAGCCUCAUUGGUCAGCAUACAACUCGAGCUACACUCAAGUUGGACAGCUGAAUCAACUAGGCCAGGUGGGCCAAGUGGGUCAAGUUGGCCAGGUGGGCCAAGUGGGUCAAGUUGGCCAGGUGGGUCAAGUUGGUCAAGUUGGCCAGGUGAGCCAGGUAGUGCAAGUUAAUCAAGGAGUCUCACUCAGUCAGGUAGGCCCAGUAGGACAUGUUGGACAACUGGGCCAUGUACCAACAGCUUCAGUGAGUCAUGUACCAGUAGCACAUGUUGUGCCUGUUGGUCAUAUUGGGCAUGUCGGGUCAGUUGGUCAAGUAGGACCAGUGGGACAGGUAGGGUCUGUUGGUCAGGUGGGAUCUGUCAGUCAGGUAGGUUCUGUGGGACAGGUAGGGUCUGUUGGAUCUGUAGCACAGGUGGGAGCUGUAGGGCAGGUAGGAUCUCUUGGACAAGUUGGAUCUGUGAGUCAGGUUGGACCUCUGGGGCAGGUCGGGUCUUUGGGACAGGUUGGACCUGUUAGUCAGGUUGGUACAAUAACCCAGAUGAGCUCAGUGGGGCAUAUGAGUCAAGCCAGCCAUUCAGGUUCUGUACAGCACGUAGGCCCAGUCGGUCAUGUAGGCCAAAUGGGCUCAGUGGUACAAGUGGGACAUGUGGGACAUAUGGGACAAGUUGGGCCAAUCGGUGGACAGGUUGGUCCAGUAGGUCACAUGGGAACUAUUGGUCCUGCGACUCAUGUGGGAUCGGUUGGCCAGUCGUCAUCUCAACUCGGCCCUUCUGUUCAGCUCGGUCCCUCUGGAAUGGGCCAAGUGAGCAGAGUGUCACCGUCCCCGUCGACAUCAAACUACGGGCAGGCAUCGGCGUCCCCAGCACCGUCCUAUGUGACACGACAUGUGGCACAGACGAAUGCUGCACUUUCCGCUGCACGUCUCAAUGUCCCAUCAGACGGACGCCUCAAUGUCCCACCUGAUGGACAAACUCGUCUAAUGGCACCCGCACCACCGCAGAGGCCUUCAGUCAUCACCGAGCAACCCCGAGUGGUUGCUCACAAUGGUGGUGAUGCUUGUGCAUUUUACAGUAGUGGUAGACAGCAGACUGUGGUACACAGUGGAGGUGGAAGUGAAGUGAUUAAUCGUGAGUGUGAUGUUCGAAACAUCAGAGAUGAUAGGAAACAGGAAUUUUCUAUGAAUGCGAGUAGUAGUGGAGUGACCACAAGGCAUAUGAAGAACAGUAGUAAUGCUAAUGUCAGUGGAAAUGUCAAUGUCAAUUGUGCUACAGGUGGCAUUUCAAACACGGGAACAAAUGUCGCUGCAAAUGCAAAUGUGAAUACAAGUAAAAGUGGAAGUGGUAAUGUCGGUAUCCGUGCCAUUGCGAGUACCAGCACAAGUUCAGCUGUGACCACAAGCAUCGGGACUAAUGCAGCACUACCUCAAGCACUUUCGAGACGGAUGCCAGAUAGUGCACCUAUGUCAAGUAUACCGAGAACGCAGUCUACAAAUCUCUCAGGUUCUUCUCCUGCACAAGCAAGUGUAGCUCCCCCUGCCCCUGAAAAAGAUGAAUCAAGAUUACUUGGAGCGAAGGACAAGAAGGUGAACACACUUGCUCCUGCUCCUGCACCUGCUUCUGCCCCGUCAGAUACCAGACUGCCCGUAGUGCGACUAAAUAGGCUCUCAGAAGAGGACCAAGCUCUUAUGCAAAGAAGCUUGAGAGCAUUUGCAGAGAAGUCACCAACACUUGCAAAGAAAUUAGGAGUCACUCCGAACAACAGACUUCGACAAAGAAACGUACAGCAUAUAGAGUCUGGAUCGGAAAGUGACGACGAGCCAAAAAAUAAAUCAAAAUAUUUCAAAGCAAGAGAGAAGGAAAGAGAAAUACAGAGGAGGAAAGAUAAAGAAGAAAGAAGGAAAGUUACAUCAUCAUAUGAUGAAGAUUAUUGUCCAGGUAAUGAGAAUUCAAAGAUUAAAGGCAGGAAACGCAACUGUGCAAACCACAAAUCGGAAAAUGUCGACUCAAGUACAGUUAAUAAUUCUGAAGAGGUUCCAUUUACUCCAAAACCUAAACUGCGGAAGGUUGAGAGAAAGCUAGUGCCUGUGUUGGAAAAGUUGAGUGUUGAAGAGUUAAUGGAAACAAAUACCUACCAGAGAUUCAAUCGAUCAAUAGAACUGAUAUUUGAAAACACAGAAGAUCUAGAUUUAACCACAGAUUUUGAUACAGAGGCAGACACACCACCGGAAGUUCUUAUUCCUAAGUACCAGUUACAGGACCUGUGCAGUGAAGCAGCAAAGCUCAAGACUCUUGGGGCCAUGGAAUCGAUACCACCAGAACGUCUUGUUCGCAUGCUUACUAUUUUGGAAAAGAAUAUACGUGAUGGAACAAGAAUAUCACCACUUGCAGAUCCUGAUGAUGAUGAGGAUGAAAGCAAACUUUGGUUAGAGCUAACAAUGGAAAGUGUUAUGAGGGCUGUGGAUGCUUCACUAACUUCACUCAACAUACUUACGUCCCCAAAUAUGCCAAAGAGGAUAUAUUUAGAAGAUGUAAUUGACAGGAUAGUCUUGUUUACCAAAUAUCAGUUACAGAAUACUAUCUACCCAUCAUUUGAUCCUGUGUACAGAGUGGAGGGAAAGGCUAAAGAAAUUUAUGUUGGCAAUGCCAGGAAGAAACGUGCACAUGCAAAAGAAGUUCGUGAGAAAAGCAUUUUGACUUUAUACAACAAACUGAAUGAAAUUGUGGGACUGCUUGCAGAACUGCUUAAUAUUCAGGUCCUCACAGAUACAGCUGUACUGCAUGCAUCAUCAUUGGGUGUGGCACCAUUCUUUGUGGAGAAUGUCAGUGAGCUUCAGCUCUCAGCCCUGAAGCUAGUGACAACAAUUUUUACCAAGUACGAAAAACACCGGAGACUGUUGCUUGAUGACAUUUUGGCAUCAAUUGCUAGGCUACCAAGCAGUAAACGGAGCUUAAGGACAUAUCGACUCAAUUCAGAGGAACACAUACAGAUGUUGACUGCUUUAGUUCUGCAACUAAUUCAGUGUGUGGUAGUGCUUCCAGAACGUCUCCAGCAACCUGAAAAGAAAGAUAAAUUCAAAGAGGAAAAGAAAGAUGAAAAGAAAGACAAAGAAAAAGAGAAGGAGAAAGACAAGGAUCCAAAGGAAAAUGAGGAGGAAAACAAGGAGAAAAUAGUGAAUAUGGAUCGUGAUGUUCUCAUUGUGAGUAAAUAUGAAACUGCCAUGAGGACUGCAGCAAAUUUCCUUACUGUCUUCCUUAACAAAUGUGGAAAUAAAAGUGAAGAAAUUGACUACAGACCAUUGUUUGAAAAUUUUGUCCAGGAUCUGCUUACAACAGUCAACAAACCUGAGUGGCCAGCGACUGAGCUCCUUCUCAGCUUGUUAGGGAAACUACUUGUCACAAAUUUCAGCAAUAAAGGCAUAGAUAUGUCUCUCAGAGUUGCAUCAUUGGAUUACCUUGGAGUGGUUGCAGCAAGGCUUAGAAAGGAUGCUGUAAUCUCACAGCUGAAAUUAAAUACAAUAGACCAGAUAAUUCAAGAGAUUAAAGCUGAAGAACAGAGAGAAAAUGAGGAUAAUUGCUCAGGAGAUAAGAAAAUCAAAACAGAAAAGAAUGGAACAGAGUUAGAUCCUGAGGAGGAAAGAACGCAGUUCCUGCAACGUGUUUUGCUUGACUAUUUGGCAGUUAAUGGCCAGAAUGACCAGGCACUGACAUAUGCAAGACACUUCUACUUAGCUCAGUGGUACAGAGAUGCUACUGCAGAAAAGAGUCGUCCAUCCACAGGAGCAAAAUUGUCUCCAAAUAAAAUGCUUACAAAAAAGAAGAAAACCAGGAAAAAAAGAAAAGGAGAAAGUAGUGAAGAAGACAGUCCAAGCAGCUCUGAUAUAGAAGAUGCAGAAGAUUCCAAAGUGGAUAAUGAAAGCAGUGAAAAGAAAGCACAGUUGUACAGAGUAAUUGAACUAAGAAAGCAGUUUCUCAUCAGCAAAAUAAGACCAUUUGAGGACAAUGUUGGUGUAGGAAAAAGAACUCAGGUCCUACAAACUUACAUUGACUAUGAAAGUGCAGAGCUCAUUUCUAGGUAUUUAGCAUCAAAGAGACCAUUUUCUCAAAGUUUUGAUGCCUAUCUCAAACAUAUUUUGUGUGUUCUCACAGAGAGUUCAAUAGCAAUUCGAACUAAAGCAAUGAAGUGUCUCACAAUGGUUGUAGAGGCUGAUCCAGCAGUUCUGGCUAGAAUGGAUAUGCAGUGUGGGGUUAGCCAUUCCUUCCUUGACCAUUCCACAUCUGUUAGAGAAGCUGCUGUAGAUCUAGUUGGAAAAUUUGUCUUGAGUCGGCCUGACCUUAUUGACAAAUAUUACGACAUGCUUUCAGCAAGGAUAUUGGACACUGGAGUAAGUGUGAGAAAGCGAGUCAUAAAAAUUCUUAAAGAUAUUUGUAUGGAGUGUCCAGAUUUUCCAAAGAUACCAGAAAUCUGUGUUAAAAUGAUACGUAGGGUAAAUGAUGAAGAGGGUAUUAGAAAGCUUGUAAUGGAAGUUUUCCAAAACAUGUGGUUCACUCCAGUUCGUGAGCGACCUUCAUUAGAUACUACAGCACUUUUGAGGAAAGUGAUGAACAUUACUGAUGUGGUUGCUGCUUCACGAGAUAUGGGUCUGGAGUGGUUUGAACAACUUUUACUUAGUCUUUUUAAGCCAAAGGAGGACAAAGAUGACUCGACAAAGCCUCAUUCAGAACCUCCAAAGGCUUUGCUGACUGCCUGUAAACAGAUUGUAGAUUGUCUAAUUGAAAAUGUGUUAAGACUUGAAGAGACAAGUUUCGCUCCUGACAAUGAAGGUCGUGGUUCAUCUCAGCGGCUUGUUGCUUGCCUCACUACACUAUACCUCUUUGCAAAAAUACGCCCACAGCUUUUGAUAGAUCAUGCAACAACAUUGCAGCCUUAUCUCAGCGUUAAGUGCCAGACACAGGGAGACUAUCAGAUAAUAAGCAGUGUGGCUCGCACAUUAGAGUUAGUGGUUCCACUUAUAGAACAUCCGAGUGAAACAUUCCUUGCUCAGCUGGAAGAAGAUUCUGUAAAGCUUAUACUUCAACAUGACCGUGCUGUUGUUCAAUCAUGCUUGUCAUGUUUAGGUUCUGUUGUAAAUAAUGUCACCAGAAAUUUCAAACUGAUUCGUGACUGCUUCAAUAAAUAUUAUGGUCACCUUAAGGACUUCCAGCAGUAUUGUUUGCAUGAUCCUUCCAAUCCAUUACUUGUGAGAUGCCGUCCAUUUUUUCGAAGAGCUUUGUUCACAGUUGGACUACUGCUUAGGCAUUUUGAUUUUACAGAUAAAGAUGUUAUUCAAGGUUUGCCUGUAAAUGUUAAGGAUCAAGUGUUCGAGACACUGAUGUUCUUUGUAAAGCAACCAAAUGAAGAUAUUCAGAACUAUACUCUAAAAGCCAUUGGUUCAUUGUGUAUCCGUCACUAUGAAUUCAUGCUUGGCCCAGAACUGAAGGCUAUGUAUCAUCGCCUGUUGACUACAGAUGACUCACCACUAUUAAUGAGAACACAGGUUCUUAAUAACAUAGAAAUGUACUUGCAAGAAGAGGAAAGUCGAAUGAUAAAACAGGACCAAGAAUGGGCCAAGAUGUCAAAGCAAGAAAAUCUGAAGGAAAUGGGAGAUGUUUCAUCAGGGAUGGCAAGUACUGUGAUACAGUUGUACCUGAAAGAAAUCCUAGAAUCUUUUUUGCAUCCAGAUAUUGGUGUUCGCCAUGCUGCACUUAAGGUUAUCCAGUUGAUUCUUCAGCAGGGUCUUGUCCACCCUGUGCAGAUAGUACCUUAUUUGAUUUGCAUGAGCACAGAUGUGGAGAAAGUUGUUAGUCAUAGUGCUGACAAACAACUACAAGAUAUAGAAAAGAAGUAUCCUGGGUUUAUUCAUAUGAAAGCGCAGCUAGGAAUUCGCUUGUCAUACAAACUGCAAAAAAUUCUUCAAAAUAACAGUAUGGGUAUAGUAAGAGGCUUUCGUGCACGUGAAGGAGAAUAUCCCGGUGCUCUCAAUGGUUUUUUGUAUUCCAUAUUGCGAGGAACAAAGCAGCAGCGCAGAGCUCUUGUACUUUCUAUCCUGAAGCAGUUUGAUGAGCAGGUGAAAACAAGUCUUUCACAAAUGCUAUAUCUAUCUGACAAUUUGGCAUACUUUCCUUACCAAGUCCAAGAUGAGCCACUAUUCAUCAUUCAUCAUAUUGAUAUAAUGAUCUCUGUGUCGGGAACGAACCUUCUGCAGUCAUUCCGUGAGGCUCUCCUGCCAAAUAAUAAUGAACCUCAGGCCACAAAAGUGAACCCAGAAACAGGAAAUGCAGUUCCUGUUUACUAUGAAGAGGAGGAUGAUGAUGAAGAUGAAGACACACUUCUUAGUAGAGUUCCAGAGGAUACUACAGUUUUACAAGAGUGUGUAACUGCAUCUCAAGGUUGCCUGCUGCUGCUUGUUUUAAAACAGCACCUCAAAGACCUGUAUGGAAUCAGUGAUGCGAAAAUAACACAAUAUUCUCCAUCAGAGUCUGCAAAAGUAUAUGAAAAAACUGUCAAUCGCCGGACAGCGUCACAUUUUGAUCCUAAAAAUACACUUCAGAAAUUAAGACAAGGUUCACCACCACCAGUUCUCGAUGAAACAGCAAGAAGAGCUCUUAUUGAGCAGUACUUGGAUUUCAAGCAGAUGAUGUUGAAAUUCGAUCCUGAAGAUCCUGAUGAUGAUGAUGACCGUAUAACAACUUCAAAAUCAUCUUCAAAACCAGCAGAAGAUGCCAAAGAAAACAACGAAGAAAAUCGAACUGACCGUACGACACAACAGACUGAAACAGCACAGUCAGAAGUAAAGGAAACACCACAGAGGGUACCAAAGUUAACCAUUGUACCUCCUAAACCACCAGAAUCUCGGCCACAUCGUGCUCACAAAGCACACAAAACAGAACGGCAUAAAAAACACAGGCACAAAAAGAAGAGACGGAAGAUUGCUGAUGAUGAUAGUGAUAAUGAAUACAGUGAUCCUGAUUUUCUUGUGUAAAAAAUAAAAAAAAAUAAAAAUUGUUGUGUACAGUGAUGACAGUUUUUUCUGAUAAUGUGUACAAGAUGUGUUAUCACAUCUGAACUUUUGCAAAACUUUCGAAGUGCAAUGAACGGACUGUUUCACUAAUUUAUUAUCAAGCACAAAUUCAUUUGAGGUAUCUUGGAAAGUGAAAAGUUAAUUUAUUUAAAAACUGGAAAUGUGUUUCUUUAAAAAAAAGGACUAUAUAAAUAUCAGAGUAUGUUUUAUUAUUUUUUACUGAAAUUUUAUUUGACUUACCUUUUUCAAACAUGUGCACUACUAAAGACUGCACAGCAGCCGACUAUUCCAGAUGGUACAAAAAUCAUUGUGUUAAGCAAUAUGGUAGAUGAAAUGAAGAGUCAAAUUGUGGCUGUUGCUAUAUUCUGCAACAGCUGCCCUUAUAUUUUUAAUCAUGGGACCCUUCUUUCUAGGAAAGAAAGACCCUAUUUCAAAAGUAAGGUGUGUGUGAAAGUGUGUUCAUGUAUGCACGAGCAAGUGUACAUAUGCGUGCAUACAUGUAUAUGUGUGUAGUGUGUAUAUGUCUGUGUGUGUAUAUGGAUGUGUGGUGUGUAAAUAUAAAUAUAUAUAUAUAAAAGUAUAUAUAUAUAUAUUUAAAUCUAUAAAAGUGUAAAUUCUUCUACAAAAGCCAACUAUGGCUGUAAGUUUGUAAAGUAGCCAGGAAGUUUUUUUUUUUUAAUUACCUGGCAUAAAUUCUAUCAGAGCUUUCAUAGUGUGAUGUAUUCCUUUUUUCCCCACUUUUUUUAAAAAUCAUUGCUUGUAUUAUUUUUACUUGCGGUCAGUCUCUACUGGGUAAAUCCGUAAAUGUACAGUUCUAUAAUUUGAGAUGGAAAUGUUUUGUUGUCUGAUAUGAACAUGUACUAUCAAUAAUAUUCAUUUUGAAAAGUAUUAGCUAGUGAUUUUGAAACAAAAAUUUCAUGAAUUUAAUUUAUUAUUGAUAUUAGUUUCUUCCUUAGAAUGGCAUAAUAAAAUGAAUAGAACUCGUA